AUGAGCACUACAUCGCUGCCGCCCAAUGCCCCCAUGGCCAAUGGAACCUUCGCCGCGGUCAAUGGAGAAGCUGAUGUAUCCUCGUCGUCCGCCUCCGCCCACAUCCCUCCUGCCUCCCACUCGUUGCAGGAUGUUUGUGCUCUCGUCCAUGCGCAGGUCUCUUCGUUUCUUUCUGCGGUUCCCGAGGACGAGGUGACCAGGAGUACACAAGAGCAGGCGAGGAUAUCCAUGGGAGUUAUAGAAAAGGCGUUGAAUGAAUAUGAAUUCUCGACUCUUUCCCUCUCCUAUAACGGCGGGAAAGACUGCUUGGUUCUUCUCAUCUUAUACCUCGCCGUCAUCCAUACACAUUUCACGCAGCCCAGCAACAGACGGAAAGAGUUUCCCAAAUCCAUUCCCUCCAUCUAUGCAAAACCACCCGAUCCCUUCCCCGCCGUCUCGGAUUUUGUCGAUUAUUCUGCGCGCCUCUACCACCUCGACCUGACCCAUAUAUCCACCAAUCCCGGUCCGGGAAAGAAACGGAGGUCACAUUCCAAUCCUCCCAUCACGGCUCCUCUGGCAGGGUUAGGACCCGAAAGUGUCACGCCCAACCAGAAGACCACCAACAACUCGUUUCAGAAGCCUUUAGACAAACCAAUCAUCUCGUUCCGCGACGCCUUUGCCCUCUACCUCUCUUCCAACCCGCACAUAAAAGCCAUCUUCGUCGGCACCCGUCGCACCGACCCGCACGGUUCUCACUUGACGCACUUUGACCCUACCGACCACAAUUGGCCGCCGUUCAUGCGCAUCCAUCCGGUGAUUGAUUGGCGUCUUUCGGAAAUCUGGUGCUUCUUGCGCUCCCCGCACCUUCAAGACAUCGGCCGUUAUUUGAAUGGCAGCGCGACUGGCGAUGGGCGAGAUUCAGGGACCGCGGGCACGGCGGCUCCAUUGAGAUACUGUGAAAUGUACGACGCGGGCUAUACAAGUCUAGGGGGCGUCAAUGACACGGUGAAGAAUCCGAAGUUGCGGUACACGGACGAGCAGGGGAAGGAAUGUUAUAAGCCAGCAUACCAAAUGACGGCGGACGAUGGAGAGAGGCUGGGGAGGGAGUGA